UUAUUAAUGGAUCUCCUUUGCAACAUAUAAAACGGGAGGCAAACUAAACUUGAAUCAGCGAGCAUCAUCUUUUCACGUUAAUUUUGCAAAUUAUAUUCAAGAAGUCAUGGCAGGUACCAGGGACAUCUUUGGUUCACUCACAAUAGACAAACUCCCUACAAAAUCUUUUCUCUGUAGCCAUGUCCGCCGCCACCAGCAGAACUACGUUUCUUCUCCUAACUCUUUGCCUUACUCGCGCAAGAGCACGUUAGUGCAAGUAAAGAAGGUGGUUGCAGCUCCCAUGGCAGCAGCUCUUAUCAAGGCUGAAACUCCAGUGCAAUUCAAGGUGAAAGCUCUGGUAACAGUCAAGUAUGACACCGUGGAAAAUGUCAAGGAUAUGAUGUUUCGUUGGUUAGACUCCGACGGUCAUACUGCUCAGAGAGGUGUUAUUCUACAGCUUGUCAGCACUGAAGUUGACCCAAAGUUGGGGAAGCCAAAGCUGAGCAAGGAAACUAUGUUCCAGUGGUCCAGAAAUCUGAAAGUAAAUGCUGAUAAAGUCACCCACAAAGUUCAAUUUCUGGUAGAUGCAAAAUUUGGGGUCCCUGGAGCCAUUAUCGUGACUAACAAAUAUCACAAGGAGUUCUAUCUGGAAAGCAUUGCCAUCGAAGGUCUUGUCCAUUUUGAUUGCAACUCCUGGGUUCAACCAGAUAGGGUCCAGGCAGAGAAAAGGAUCUUCUUUUCAAACAAGGCAUAUUUACCUAAUGACACGCCGGUAGGACUCAAAGAGCUCAGAGACAAGGAUCUAAGGCAAUUAAGGGGUGAUGGAGAGGGUAUUAGGACUCUGUCAGAUAGAAUUUAUGAUUACGAUGUUUAUAAUGACUUAGGAUAUCCAGAUAAAGGAGCCAAAUAUGUAAGGCCAAUCCUAGGAGGCCGAACUCAGCCCUAUCCAAGACGCUGCCGAACUGGACGUCCUCCAGCUAAUUCAGAUGUGAAUGCGGAGUCCACUGUAACUAGAUACAUGCCACAGUAUGUACCAAGAGACGAAGCGUUUGAGGAUUUGAAAAUAGCAGCAGUCACUGAAGGAAAGUGGAAGUUGAUGCUUAGCAGUCUACUUCCUUCACUGAAAGAGGCGGCCUCAAUUAAUAGUGAUGUCAUCAGGACUUUCUCUGACAUUAAUGAUCUCUAUAAAGAGAGUGCACCCUUUGAACUCAAAUCAAAGAAUGAAUUUCGGGAGAAGGCUCAUUUACCAAGAAUGCUUAAUAAGAUGAUCAAUGAAUCUGUGCAAGAUAUUUUCAAGUUUGACCAUCCAAAGAUCGUUUCCAGGGAUAAUCCAUCAUGUUUUUUACGAGAUGAUGAAUUGGGACGUCUAACACUUGCUGGCAUGAACCCCUUAAGCAUAGAAAGGCUCAAGGUCUUUCCACCAGUAAGCAAACUGGAUCCCUCCAUCCAUGGAUCUCAAGAUUCAGCAUUAAGAGAAGAACACAUCGUAUGCCAGCUUAAUGGGAUGUCUGUACAACAGGCACUAGAAGAGAAUAAAUUGUUUAUAUUGGACUACCACGAUGUUUACCUUCCAUUUCUCAACCGCAUAAAUGCUCAUCAUAACAGAAAAGCCUAUGCAACUCGGGCAAUUUUCCUCUUGACGCAUUUGGGAUCUUUAAAGCCAAUUGCCAUUGAGCUCAGCCUCCCAGAGAAGAACCAGAAUGUACCAGCAAAGCGUGUUCUUACUCCUCCAGUUGACGCCACCACCUGCUGGUUGUGGCAACUAGGCAAAGCCCAUGUCUGCUCAAACGAUGCGGGUGCUCAUCAACUGAUUCAGCAUUGGUUGAGGACUCAUGCAUGCCUGGAACCAUUAAUCAUAGCAGCACACCGGCAAUUAAGUGUAAUGCAUCCUAUUUACAAACUUCUUCAUCCUCACACGCGAUACACAAUGGAUGUAAAUGCACAGGGUCGCCGGCUUCUCCUCAAUGCUGGAGGAAUAAUUGAGUCCCACUUGUCUACUGCAGAGUGUUCAAUGGAGAUUACUGCUUCCUCAUAUCAGAAUUGGUGGCGCUUUGACAUGGAAAGCCUUCCUGCAGACCUCAUUAGAAGAGGAAUAGCAGUACCAGACCCAACCCAGCCACACGGACUUAAGCUACUUAUCGAAGACUACCCAUAUGCAAAUGAUGGGUUGCUCAUAUGGUCUGCCAUUGAGGAACUUGUUGGAACCUAUGUCAAUUACUACUACCCAGAGGCAAGUAGUAUUCAAUCAGAUUCAGAACUCAACAACUGGUAUCACGAAUUCAUCAAUGUAGGCCAUGCUGAUAUUUGCCAUGCUAGCUGGUGGCCCAAACUCUCUACUCCAAAUGAUCUUGUCUCCAUCCUCACCACCAUUAUCUGGGUUGCAUCAGCCUACCAUGCCGCAGUGAACUUUGGGAUGUAUCCCUAUGGUGGAUACUUCCCAGUUCGCCCACCAUUUAUGCGGCGACUAUUGCCAAAUGAACGUGAUCCAGACCAUGCAUCUUUCUUUGCAGAUCCAGAGGGGUAUUUCUUGGCAUCAUUGCCAUGUUUAUCUGAAAUGUUGCACUACAUAUCUGUGCUUCAUAUACUUUCCACACAUUCAGCUGAUGAAGAGUACCUAGGAGAUAGAAAAGACCUUUCAAAUUGGGCAGGGGAUCCUCAAAUACUGGAGGCCUUCUACAAAUUUUCAAUGGAGAUGAGGAGGAUAGAGAAAGAGAUAGAAAAAAGAAAUGCUGAUCCAAAGCUUAGAAAUAGAUGUGGGGCUGGGGUUUCACCGUAUGAGCUACUCUUGCCAUCCUCAGGACCUGGAGCCACUUGUAGAGGAGUGCCUACCAGUGCAUCACUAUGAAGAUUAUUAAUCAAUCCAGAAAAAAUUACAAUUUAUCCUGAUUGUUUCAAGUUGUUGAUAGCAGUUGAGAAAUUCAAUUUCAUCGGAACCAAAAAUCAACCACAGCCUAGGAAGCUAUAAACUUAAGCAGUAAUCCUGGAAACAAAAUACAGCCAAGCAUAGAUAUUUCAUAUAUAUCUAUUAUGGCAUUAAAUUAUCAUGAUUUCUUUUGUAAUUUAUCCAUCCCAUAUUCUUUUUUCAAUAAUGGACAUAGGUUUCAUUAUUAUUUCCCAUAAA